GGCUUGCGUGCCGUGCACGUAAGUACAGAUGGCUGCUAGUAAAGCCGUUGAGUUUCACAUCAGGAACAACUAUUCUUGGACAAAACUGCCGAUAACUAUUAAACAGCUUCUUGGACACUCUCAAAAAAGUUGGGAGAAAGCGGUUCUUGAGUACAGCAUUAGAAAUCAAUUGAGAUGGAAAGGAAAUAUUGUCCGUCACGUGGUCAAGGAUGAGCGGAAAUAUUAUGAGCAGUUGCUGCAAUACAGCAGAGACCAUUUAAUGCUGUUUCCUUAUCAUUUGUCUGAGGUGAUGGUCAAGGGAUUGCGAGUGACUCCAUUUUGUUACUAUGUUGAAGUUAUUAAUGAUAUUAUGUCAAAUGAGAAGAGCUAUGACUCACUGCCAAAUUUUACAGCAGCAGAUUGUCUUGGCCUUCUUGGAAUUGGUCGUAAUCAGUACAUAGACUUGAUGAAUCAAGGCAGAGCUAAAUCAAAAUUCUCUUUUCGGCGUCGAAAUGUUAAGGAACUGCUCCCUAAAAAGCCAAUUCAGUUGCAAGCAAUUGGCUGGUGGUGGGUUGUUCAUAUUGGUCAUGUGACUGAAGAAGACAUUAAGAUGUGUAAUGCAGCUGAACAUCGGACUGUUGACACUCUUAUUGACAGUGGACCACAAAGAGCAGGUCUGUUGGAUGUGAAAGUGGUGCAAGGUCUUUACAGCAAAGGGCUUGUCUACAUGGAAGUUCCAAUAGAUGAUGAUGACUUAGUUGCUGUUCCGCCGUUGGAAGGAUUUGUAAUGAAUCGAGUGCAAGGAGAUUACUUUGAAACUCUUCUUUAUAAGAUAUUUGUGUCUUUAGAUGAACACACUAGUGUUGUGGAGUUGGCAUCUGUGCUGGAAAUUGAUGUGUCACUUGUCAAGAAUGCAAUUUCUAUGUACAUUCGCCUUGGGUUUGCAUACAAGAAAAACAAUGAAGCCAGUGUUGAGACUUUGCACCCUUCUUGGAAAGAAAGAUCUACAGAGCAAGAGAGUAAUGAGAUGAGUAUCAACUCAUGUGGAGUAGGGAAAUUAGUAAGCAACCUACUUGAUAUUUCUGAUGACAGCAACUUCUCAGACAGAGUAAGGGUAGACUGCAUAGAUUCUCGUCCAUUGCUGGACCUGCCUGUCACACAGGAAGAUUCUCAAGAUUCUCUCUCAGACAUGGCUACUUCAUCAAGCUUUAGUAAACGUGUGGCAUUGCUUUUCGACUCGACUCUUACUGCAUUUCUUAUGAUGGGCAACUUGUCUCCAGGUCUUAAAACACAUGCGGUUACAAUGUUUGAAGUUGGCAAGUUAUCAGAUGAAUCACUUGAUAGUCUACUGGCAGAAUUGCAUAAGGUUGGUACUGAAGGUGAAGGUGAAGCUCAACGUUACUUUGAACAUGCCCUCACAUUAAGAAAAACUUUACAGUUUUUACGUUACAACAAGGAACUUGUUUCAAAUGGUAGUUCUUCACAAGGUUCAGCCAUAGAUUUGCUACGCUGUGAAAGUCUUAACAGUUUGGAUGUGGCUGCUUGUGGCAGAAUACUUAACAAGAACUACAGUUUGUUGAUAUCAAUGGCUCCCUUAAGUCAAGAAAUUUAUCCAGUGACAUCUGUAACUCCUCCUCACAUAGGACCUGCCAUCCCUGAAGUAAAUUCUGUUUGGUUUCGUCUUUGGUUAUAUGACCAACUUGGUUGUGGACCACCAACUAUUCUGUUUACAAAAGGGACAAGACUUAGACAUUUACCUGAAGUCUUUCAAGAGUAUGAACUAUUGCUGAUGACAUCAUGGGGUCAUGACUCAGCUGUUGUUCCAACAUCGAAUGCUCUUCUUUCUGCCAAUGAAGCUCUUACUCAUGCUCCAGUUUUAAUUCAAGCUUUUGGUUAUGACACUGAUGGCCAGGUAGUUCACAUUGCAUUUCCUUUAGAAGAAGAAGAUCUGAUACAAGGUUGUGGCCUUUUGUCACAUUCGAUGUUCAAGAAACUUCCACACUGUAUUGACCUUACUCAUUCUUGUGGCUAUCUAUCAAUGCUAUGGACUGGCUUUUCUCGACAGCCGGCAUACAACAAAACUCGUAUUAGUGUAGAUGAUGUGGUUCUGCCAGCUGACACUGUGAAUGUAUCCUCCACUGAUAGUGAAAGUAUUCAAUGGAAGCAGGAGCAUCCAGAUGGUUGGGUGCCACUUGAACUGUAUUUUGGUAUUCCAUUGUUUGAUAUGGCUGUUAACAAACAAGUAUCUGAAAAGAUUGCAAGAAGAAGACUGUUUACAAAGGACAGUUUAGACCAAUUGCUGCAUUCCAACAGAAAGAUGACAUUACAACUGAUGACGUUCAUUGAAAAACUAGGAGGAUAUCCUAUAAAUCCAGAACACUCUUCUGAUGCACCAGAUUAUCAUUCUCUUCCUAUCAUUGCUCAACCAACGCAUCACAUUUCUUUUCUUGGAAACAAUGUUGAACUUUAUUACCAUCAAUGAUUUAUAUACACGCACUUGGUGCAACCCAGCUACUGUAGCUUAUUGCUCUUAUCUCAUAACAUGCUGUACGUCUAGAUCUAGAGCAAUAAUUAUUCAGUUGUAUUUCUUGUAAUUGUUGAUUUACAUUAAGAAGCUGCAUUUGUUUCUGCCAAUGUGUAUGUGAACAUAUUGA